AUGUUUCAUGUUCUGAUUCAGUAUACUUCAAUAGCCUCCCCCUGCACUAGACCGAACCGAUACCAAACAUUACUUAGCGAAUUCAGACCAGAUGUUGAAAAUGUUUGUCAACAGAACGCUAAACAGCCUCUCAAAAAUAUAUGUUUAAGGGCUGAAAAUGCCAACUCAGUCCUUCCCGCAAAAUGGAAACCGACUGCCACUGCAAAAAACGUAUUAAGGUGCGUGGCAUUGCUGAUUCAAAGACUGGGUUCGGUGUACAGUUCGGCUCGCCUACCACAUGCAAGCGGGGAUCUAUUUGCAUUCGAACCCAGUCACUGCAGCAGCAAGACCGGGCGCCUUUAA